AUGAAUUUGGGAACGUGCAGCUUACUCUUUGGCUUCCCAGCCAUCUUUACCAUUAAUGCCAUGGAAGAGUGGCACCCUCAUGGUUGGCUUGGGCAGGAAUGGAACUGGGAUUCCACUGUCCUCAGAUCGUCUGAUGCCAACGGUGUUGACGCCUUUGAUGAAUACCUUUAUCCGAAAGAUCACAAUCGAUUUUCACACAAAUCAAAUAUCCCAGAGAUGAACAGUAAUGGAUUUCACGCUUCCCCGGACUCCCACUUCGAUUUUCCCGAAGCCUCAGGCUCAACGGAAGGGGUGCUAGACGCCCUGUUGGCAUUUGCUCGAGUCUACUGGAAAAACCAGAUACUCGACGCAAAUCUACAUACGAUGAGGAACACAGGGGAAGGCGACGAGUCGGCUGCCAAGCAUGCUUCGGAAACAACUCAAUUUUCUAGCGCUUCGAAUUCGGUGCCAAGCGAAAAUCCUACCGCGAAACGUCCAAGGCUUCAGCUUUCCCCUUCCAAUCGAUUGAAAAACACGCACCACGAAGGUACUGAAACAGACACGUGGAUAGCUCCACGAAGUUCUUCUAAGCAACCAAAAGCAAAUAGGAGGCUGACCCGGGUCGGACAAGGUUCAUUCAGAGAAUUCGGAUUGAAUGCUGCCGUCCUAGACGCCGUCUUUGCAAAGAUUCAAAGCGGAUUUCUCACAAGCUCGUUUCGUUCUAAAGGUUACUAUCCAGAGGCUACUACUACUACUAAUGUGGCUCAAUCAAUUUACGUGCCAAGAAUCACGUUCGAUAUAAAGCUUUUCGAUCAUGUCCAGGAUCUAGAGGGUAACACGCACAAUUUGGAUAAAUUAUUACAAAUGAUCAAAGAACUGCCUGGGGGGCAAAUGGUUGUCCCGCCAAAGAGAUUGAAGAAUUUCAUCAACGUCUUUUCUCCAACCAAACAAAACGCUUCACCAACAGAACUCAAAACUCCUCCAGAACAAAAUGCUUUACCAACAGAACUCAAAACUCCUACAGAACAAAAAGCUUCACUAACAGAAGUCAAAACUCCUCCAGAGACAAGAAGAGCCCACGCAAUUGGAGUACAAUGCAGAGCUAGAAACAGCAUGCGAAUCGUUUCUAAAAUCGAUGAUUCAUUUGAAGUUUGCGCCUCUUACUUCAUCCGAGACAGCGGAUGA